UAUUACAUUCUCUUAUUAAUCUCCUGUUAUGUUUUUUUGUAUGUCAGCUGCAAGUUAUCUUCAUGGAUGACGGUCUUGGUGCGAAAAUAAAAAUUGUCCCAGAUUACUUUCAAGUUUCAGCUUCUAGUGAAGACACUCCUCAAAGGAGUACUUCAUCUGAUCAAGUUUCAACUAGUGAAGACACUCCUAUAAGGAGUGCUUUAUCUAAUCUGCAGCCCAGAAUUGAUAAUCAGUCGUGGUCCCGUAGCCCUUCGUGGACCGGAAGAAAAUUGAAAAGGGCUGCAUUAAUGUUGAAUUUCUUUAGUCUACGGAGUUUGCCAUGGAGUUCUGGAAGUGGUUCGGAAAAGAUCGAGUUGACUAGGGCUGAGUUAGAAUCCCUUAGAUCUGAAACUCGAUACUAAAUCGCUUAAAAACGAGGGACCAAUCGUUUAAUAAAAUUAAAAGUGAGGAACCAAAUCGUUCACAAAAUUAAAGGUA